AUGGGCAACCGGGUGAUGUGCGGCGCUCCACAGUCCUGCGUGGACGAAUGUGCGCGACUUCACUUCGAAACCAGGAGCCGCGAGGCAGAUGAGCCGGAGUGCGACCCAGCAGGUGCUGUGUUCCAGGAGACCUUGCUGGGGCUGCCACCACGAGACCAGGAGGGACUGAUCUUCGCUGGCACUGCCAAUCUGGUUGCCCUUCGUUGGCUGCUGCUGCUGGGUGCCAACCCAAAGGCCCGCGACCGAAAUGGCACAACUUUGCUGCAUGCGGCCUGUCGCAGUGGCAGCUUCCUGGUUGCUCAGGAGCUGCUAAGACGAGAGCUACCGCUGGAUGCGACAGAUUCAGCAGGCUGGACGCCGUUGCAUGUAGCCGCCAUGAUGGGCCGACGUGAGCUGACUCAGCUUCUUUUGCAGGCGCAGAUCAACCCGCACGUUCAGAACAAGCGCGGGGCAACGCCACUGGACUUGUGCAGCGAUGUCUCAACACGAGAGGCAUUACGCACCUUCGCCCUGAAAGUGCCUGAAGUUGCCUCGCGGAUGAACUCGGUCGAGGAGUUUCAGAGACUAACUCGAGUGCAAGGUGAAGUGGGUGAAGACCCAACGGCCACAUGUGAGCCCUUCUUCGUUCCUCGGCAGCCUGUCUUCGAAGAUGAGGCUCACUAUAAAGUGCUGGUCAGCAUCGGCCUUGAGAUGGCCCACAAGAGUGCUGCGCACGCGCUGGCCUUCUUCGUGGCCACAGGCGUUGUGCACGACCAUCCGACUGACCUCAGCGCAUUCCUCAUUGAGAACAAGGUUGAUCCCAGCCAGUUGGGUGAGUUCAUGGGCGAGGAUUUCUCGUUGGCGCAAACUCUUCGACUCGCCUUUGUCCAUACCAUGGACUUGGCAGGUACUGGGGUGGUUGGUGCCUUGCGAAAGGUCUUCAGCUACAUGAGACCACCAACCGAACUCAGCAAGAUUGACCGCAUCACGGCAGCUGCAGCCCACCUGUGGUGGCGAACGCAUGACCUGGAUGAUGCUCAGCCGUAUCUUGCUGGCAUGCAGGAGGCAGACGAAGCGCUGGAAUGGACGCUGUUUGCGGAGGCAGAAGCUGGAAGCGGUCAGGAGCCGCGACCCAACUCCUCAUGGUUUGCUGGCCAAGACGGUGAGGUUUCUGGUGCCCGGCUUCGCUCUGUUCUCCACAGCGUGGAGGGGCUUGCCAGGCUGCUGUUCUCCACGGUCCUGCUUUGCUGGAACAUCCGCAGGGUGCUUCCGGACUCGGAGGGCGGCAGCAACGCGCGACUGUCCUUCCAAGAGUGGAUGGAGGUGAACUCCAAAAUAGAGGCAGAUGGGACCACACCAUCCGUUGCUGUGCAAAAGUGCAUCUACAACACGCUGCUUCAGGACGAGUGUCCCGAGCUGCUUCCCAAUGCCUCCGCAAAGAAAACAGCCAUGCCGGAGUUCCGGGAGGUGCCGGAGGAUACCUCUGCCCUGCGCGCUGCAGGGCAGGGCGCCGGCGAUACGCUCACUGGCUGGGCCUCGAUCCCUGCUGGGGGCCUCGAGCGCUACGACGUUCCGAUGCCACAUGGCCACCAAGGCGGGCUGUCUGGCGCAAAGCUUUCGCAUUGCGUCCUGAGCGAGACCUCCAGCAGCUUCCUUGAUCGCGGUCACAAGAACGGCAUCAACCUGCUGCAGCCGGAGAUGACCACAUCGUCUGGGGAGGCAGUGUGGAUGUCUCUCAAGUACGCCUUCUGGCUGUUUCUCUCGACAUCACCUGAUGAUCCCGCGCCUUAUGUCUUCAUUCGCUUGCAGGACACUGUUCUUCGUGAAGCAAACCUGCGAGAGAAGAGCCUGGUCUUGGCGGGCAGGAUGAAGAAGUCCGCCGACAAUGAUGCGGCAGGCGAGUUGUGGAGAAACCUGUGCCGCAGAAGCAAAGGCUCCGUGUGCAUAUCUUUCAGGCCCAUUUGGUGA